AUGAAGACCUUUCUCAUCCUUGCCCUCCUUGCUAUCGUGGCAACCACCACCACAACUGCAGUUAGAGUUCCAGUGCCACAAUCACAGCCACAAAAUCGAUCUCAGCCACAGCCACAAGGGCAAGUUCCAUUGGUACAACAACAACAAUUUCCAGGGCAGCAACAACCAUUUCCACCACAACAGCCAUAUCCGCAGCCGCAACCAUUUCCGCCACAACUACCAUAUCCGCAGCCACCACCAUUUUCACCACAACAACCAUAUCCACAACCGCAACCACAGUAUCCGCAACCACAACAACCCAACAUAGCGCAUGCAAGAUCACAAGUUUUGCAACAAAGCACUUACCAGCCAUUGCAACAAUUGUGUUGUCAACAGCUGUGGCAGAUCCCCGAGCAGUUGCGGUGCCAAGCCAUCCACAAUGUUGUUCAUGCUAUUAUUCUGCAUCAACAACAGCGACAACAACAACCAUCGAGCCAAGUCUCCUUCCAACAGCCUCAGCAACAAUAUCCAUCAGGUCAGGGCUCCUUCCAGCCAUCUCAGCAAAACCCACAGGCCCAGGGCUCUGUCCAACCUCAACAACUGCCCCAGUUCGAGGAAAUAAGGAACCUAGCGCUACAGACACUACCUGGAAUGUGCAAUGUCUAUAUCCCUCCAUAUUGCUCGACCACCAUUGCGCCAUUUGGCAUCUUCGGUACUAACUGA